CUUUAUCGUAAUUCCCUUUUUCUAUUUUCUUCUUCUUCUUCGUAAGUUCACUCUCUCUUUCACAACCAUGCUCCUGUAACGGACCACACAUCUUCAAAAUCAGUUCAUCGUCCUUGAUGUAACUCUUAUUCUCAGCUUUCUUGCGUAUUCCACCUCAACAAUUUGCUAAAAUUUCAAACUCCUGAGAUCUGAAAACAUCUUGUUUUCAUCGUCUCUGGAUCAUCUGAUUUGAUCGGAGUUUUGGAAAUAAAAAAAAUGGGUAAAACCGCCGGAAACAGAGACUGGACUCAGAUCUACGCCAUCUACGGAAUCGAGCAAUGGCAGACACUCGUCUUCCUUCUCUUCCAUGCUUUCUUCUUCUCUCUUCUCUCUGUUCUCUUCCUCAUCUACUUCGACCAGAUUUGCUUCUUCCUCGAUUCCUUCUUCCUCUCCGGCGCUUCCAGGUUAGCCGCCGGUUUCACUGGCGCUGUCACCGGUCUCUCCGCCGUCUGUCUCCUCUUCGCCGCCGCUAAUUUCGUCUACUCCGAUGUUCCGCUUCAGUACGAGAUGGCUCAACGCAUGGUCAGCUCCGUCGGUGACUGGUCUUGUGUCAAAACCGCUCUCGAUCUCGGAUGCGGACGUGGUAUCCUCCUCAAUGCCGUCGCUACGCAGCUUAAGAAAACCGGUAGCUCCGGUCGGGUCGUCGGGUUAGACCGCUCUAAACGCACCACUCUCUCCACUCUCCGCACUGCUAAACUCGAAGGUGUUCAAGAGUAUGUGACUUGCCGUGAAGGAGAUGUGAGGACGUUACCGUUUGGGGAUAAUUACUUCGACGUGGUGGUGUCUUCUGUGUUCGUUCACACGGUUGGGAAAGAGCACGGUCAGAAAUCGGUUGAAGCGGCGGCGGAGAGGAUGAGAGUUCUCGGUGAGAUUGUUAGGGUUGUGAAGCCUGGUGGUUUGUGUGUGGUUUGGGAUCUCUUACACGUGCCGGAGUACGUGCGGCGUUUACAUGAGCUGAAGAUGGAAGAUAUCCGAGUCUCUGAGCGAGUCACGGCGUUUAUGGCCGGAAGCCACAUCGUGUCUUUCAGGAAACCCAGUGAACUCGUCGCCGGACCCCGUGAAGUCCGCCUCGAUUGGAGAUGUUGACGUGGCGUUCAAAACGGCAGCGUUUGUGUGUCGGGUUCGUUAUAUAUAAAGCAAACGGCACGUAGUCCAAGUCUGGAGGUUUUGAAAACAAUAAUUGUGAUAUACUAUUAAUUACGAAUGUAAAUCAUCAAAACGUAUGUUGUGGGCGUCUGGGGAGGCGAAGCGGAACCGGAUGCUUUGAUGGAAAGACAAAAACGCUGCGGUUGCGUUUAUAGUCUUGUAUUUAUAUGAAAAAGCUUUAGCAUAUUAUUAACGCAGAAUCUUUUAGUAUGUGCGUGAUUAAGAUAUGAGUCUUUUUACUGUCGCGUUAGCGU